GAACUGAAUUGCGCAUGUGCAUGACAAGGGAUUGGCCGUAACAAGGAAGUGCAAUUAAACGGUUUGAAAGCUGGUAUCGUGGUUCUCUUGUUUGGACUUUAAGUUUCUUCGUAAUGGCUAUAGAUUGGAUUGGAUUCGGCUAUGCUGCAGCCAUCGUUUUUGGAGGAUUUUUGGGAUACAAGAGAAAAGCCAGUGUAAUGUCCCUGAUGGCUGGUUUGGUGUUUGGUGGACUAUCUGCUUAUGGUGCCUUUAAAAUCUCUAAUGAUCCUAAGGAUAUCCAGGUGUCAUUAAUCACCUCGGGACUCCUUUCGGUCAUUAUGGGAAUGAGAUACAAGAAAUCUGGGAAAUUAAUGCCUGCCGGCAUUAUAUCAGGGCUAAGUUUGCUGAUGGUAUUUCGCCUGUUGCUCCUGACCGUGAUUUGACUGGAACACCAACAAUGACAAGAUGAGCUCAAUGAACAAACCUUGUUUUAAAGGAAACUUCAUUCUCAAUUCCUCAUGUUUUAUGGAUGUUUGUUGUUUUUAUGGAUGCUUCAGUGUGUGAGUCUGUGUAUGAUUGUACUUCUCAUGAUUUGAGAGUAAUUACCAUGAUUUUUUUGCAAUAAUCACAUCUCAGCAGGUCUACAUCAGCAAAAUUGUUGCUUGAUGUUGGGUUUCCUGUGUGACGGUUAAUAAGCUGACAAAGGAACACGUUUUACUUGUCACUUGUGGAAAAAGAACCAUCAUGUUGGCAAUUUUGUAAUGAAAACAAACUAAAUAAAUAACUGAAAUUCA